GCUUGGUUCCUCACUUGGUCUCGUGACGAGCCAUGUUUUUGUUUCCGCGCUAACUUUACGCGGUUCUCUAGUUGUUUCUUGUUUUUACCAAGAUCAUAGAAUUUUGUUGAUUCUGCUUCGUCUUCAAUGAGCACAAUGGCUCCCAGCCGAGGCUCCAGUUUUGAGGGACGCAUGUUCUUUGUCUAUGACUGUGAGGCUUGCAAGAAAGAAGAGGACCCCCCUGAGAGUGCGAUCAUAUAUUUCUACCCUCAUGGGGCGACAAUUGAAGAUCAAGUAUCAAUUUGUGGUCAGAUUGUUGGCAUGUCAAAAUUCCUGACUGAUUUUCACCAUGCAUCACCAGUCCUAUUCAAAUUGAAGACAGAAAAGAUUGUUAUCUCUAUUAUUGGUGAUUACAUCUUGGCCCUCGGCGGUGAUCUAGGUGAACCAGACUCCCUAUUGAUCAGACAACUGGAGACUCUUUACCAGCUGUUUGCUUUUUACCAUGGCAGCAUUGAUAUUGUACGAAAGAUGUGCAGAAGCCAGGCUUCAUUUCUGACUCAGCUGUGUAUAAUAUGGGAUUGCUAUUUGCCAUUUGUGCGGCAUUAUGGAGAUACUCUGCCUGCUGUUUUUGAUCCUUUACAAUUCCUUGAGACUCCUAAGAACUCUUCUGGUUGUUUUCUGAAAGCAUCCCACAUCUUACAGGCCUUCCAGAGACGCCCACACAUCCUUGGUGGAUGUAUUCUCUACAGCAAUAGUGUACUUUGUACCCAUUUGGACCCCUCUGUGACCAGGCGCCUGCUUCUGUUGAAGCCAAACCAGAGUCAUCAUCCGGCCAAGCCAGUAACAACAGAUAUCAAGCUUCCAUUUGGAGUGCGUAUCCUCAACUCUUACGUCACACUCUUAGAGUUCCAGGGCCUACUUGAAUCCAUGUCCCAGUCUCCUUACCGCCAGCAAACAGCACAGGUAGCCAAGAAGUUCAGUAACGUCAGUACCUGUUUGACUCCUGUGUCCAGUACCUCCGAGCGGACCUCGGAAUCUCCUUCAUCCAUGGACGGUCUUCUUAAUGAAAGAGCCCUUGAGACUGAGAGCUCACAAGCCGUAGCUGAGCCCAUAAAUGAAUUGGAAGGCAAGAAACCUGACAAUUUAAGACCGGAGUGCGGGGAGAGUUCACCUGGAUAUAGACGCAGAGCUGAGAGUAGUGGAGGAAAAGUUAGGACUCAAAGAGGGAGGGCACGUCGGACGCAGUCCUUGCCAACCGAUGGCAAGAGAGAGAAGAGGGAGGAUCAGAGGAGAGGUUUACGGGCCCAGAAAACACUUGAUUCUACGGUUAUAGAAACAGGGAGUGGGAAGCAACCUGAUGGUAUAGAGAUUGAACUGCAUAAAGAAAUGUGCUCUUCUUCUUCUCCUCUGCAUCAGGAUACGUCAGAAGAAAGUGAAAUAGAGCAUGCGGAAAUUCCUUUGACGAAUUCUUCUAAGCAUGAAAAACCUGUUGAAAAUGCUUACAUUCCUGACUUGGAUGCGAUUAGAAGUGGAAGCAAUUCUGAAAAAUUUGCUAGUAUUGGUGCUGUAACAUCGAUCACAAAUUCUCGUUGGUCUUUGGGAAAUUGCGAAUCAAAUGAAAUUGAUGGAACUAACGGAAAAUACUUACAGAGAAACUCCUAUUGUAGGGGAAAUGUAAUUAGUUUAUCUUCUGGGUCUCAUGUUAAAGAUGGUUUAAGUAGAGAGUUUUUUAAUUGUGAGGAUAACGGGGAAGAGAGUAACCAUCAGUCGUCUGGUCAAGACGUUGAGGAUCUCCAGUGUACCGAACCAGGUGUUUCAGGUGAUGGGAUUGGUACGAUAUGUACGUGCUCCGAUAAUGGACCUGUCAAUAAAGAAACUGCAUGCUCUCUGGACGUCAGCGACGAUAAUCAAUCUGUAGAUGAGGCCAUGCUUGUCAUGGAUGGCAUCGAUACUAAUGGUCUGUUAGUCACGCAGCAUGAGAGAAGCUUCCCAGUAGAAAACAUGCAGCUUUUUACGACAGAAAAUAACGCGGGAAUAAUGGAAGAGGGUGUGAACAACUCGAUAGGAAGUGAGGGGAUGAUCCUGAGUUCAGAAGAAAUGUUGAAAGACGGUAGAGAUUUACAAAAUCCUUCAGCCUCUUGUUUAUCACCUGAUGUUGGGCGCCAGGAAGACCUGCCUGAGGAUAAGUCUAGUGAUUUGGACCCGUGCGCUGGAGAUGAUGAGGGUAAUUAUUUACUGGGGCUAGACGUAUUUACAAACACUGUCCAGGAAAGUAAGGUUUCUGAAGGCCUUACUUACAAGGAGGGAUGUGACACUGUGGAAAGGGAGAAUCUACUGACGGCCGCGGAUGAAAGUGGCCCUGAAUUUACAGAGAGAAAUCGGACUAAAGAACCUUUAGUAACAAUAUUAGACAAGGAUGGAUGUGACAUGGAUGAUGAGAGUCUCCAACCAGCCACAGGAGCAGAUAGAAAUUCUGAUAAGGUAGACUCCAUGCUACCUGAUUAUGAUAUGACACACUCGAGUACUGUACUCAUUUCUGAGAAAUCAGAGACUUCUGAGAAUCUUGAAUGCAUUGGGCAAAAGACAUCAGAGAAUUUUGAGCAAGGGGCUGCUGAAAAGUCUCACUGCUCGGAACAAGAAACGUUUGAGUAUUCUGAACUUGUGACUUCUGACAAAUCUGAACGAUCUAAGCAAGAGCAAGAUAGCAAGUGCUAUCAACAUGAAGGUUAUGAGAGACCUAACUGCUAUGAACAUAAAUUUUCUAACAAUUCUGAAUGCUCCACGGCAGACGCUUCAAGGCACCAUGGACAGAAUACAGAGAGAAAAUACCAUUCUACUGAGGAGACUUGCGACAGCUGCACUGUCGAUGAUAUGGGGUCUCCUGGAAAAUCUCCUUCAGGCACAUGCAUUACUGGAUCCAAGAUUCAAGCAUCUGCGUUUGGUACAGAUGAAGCAGAGAAAUCACAAACACACAUGAUGACCCGCGAAGAGUCCGUUUACGAAGACUGUCCUGGGGAAUUCGAAGACGAAAGACCUCAAUUAGGAGCAUCUAAGAUCAGUGUACCCUUUGAGGACCUACGAGUCUCCACAGGGAGCCCAAGCGUGUACCAUGACACGGUAGAAGACAUGGUCCCGGAUGUAGGGCAUCGAGAUUACCUCCAUGAGAUCACCACGGAAAUUUAUAAAGAUUUCUCGUGCUUUGAUGAGGCUGAUAACUUAAGGUAUGCAACCAAGUAUUCUGAAAAGAACCUGAAUGUGUACCAGGAGAAAAGCGUCGACAAGUGUCUCUUUAAAGACAUAACCCAUAAGGAUAGUAAUCUUGGCCGCGUUGUAGCAUUACUGGAUGACCAGGGGGGUGCUUCUCAUGGUACUGAGGAGGGGAGGCUGGGUGUGCCAAGCUCUAGCAGUGCCGAGUCCUCAGUUGCAAGUACCAACCGCGCAGAAAAAGGGGAGUUUGUCGAUGCCCAAUCAGAGCAUUCCAAUCAAGAUUUCUCUGGCGUAAAUGAAGGUGACUGUUCCCUGGGAGGGAAAGGGGAAGGGGCGUUGGCCGCAGCAGAGGGACAGAGCUCCAAGAAUGUCACUGAUGCUGGGAAGUCUCACAAACCGCAUGAUGACAUUGGUAAUGAUUAUGAUGAUGAUCAAUUCGGUGAAGAAGAUCCUGGCGAAGAAUACUCAAAUCAUAGGGUUGACGGAAUGGUCCAUAUCAACCUGUAUGUUCAAGCCCACUCGGAAAUAGUGCUGAUACUACUCGCCGAGCCCGCUCUGCAUAAGGACCCUGACACCAUCAAGGCCCUGUGGAAGGCAACGGUGAACGAGCUGGGAGACUUGGAGUUUCGAAUACAACAAGCAAUGACAAGCUCAUCUAAAAAGCCUAUAGCGGAGGAGUAUAGCUUCCUGGUUUAUGAUGGCUUCAGCAAAACAAUGAAAGGGAAUCAACGCGAACCGGUGUCUGUGAUUGAUCACAUGUUCUGCGACACAGCCAAGACCGUCCAUGAGCAUUUUAAUAACAGUCCGUCUCUCAGGAGUAUUACUCUCAGGGGACAGACUUCUGCAGUACACGGCCAGCGGAGUCUCGACCAAGAAGUUUUCUACCAAAAGAAGGGCUCUCUCCGUGCUGCUCAAGGCGUGCCAAACAUACGGGAUCCUGUCUACAGCCUCGAAAGUCGUGCUGGGAAGGUCCUACACAGGGAACACGGAGUCAACGUAUUUUGAAAAGUGGACUGGACCGCACAACAUACCACGUGACUCUUUCUACAGGCUCGACAGGCGAACUGGAAGGGGACUACACAAGGAACACAGAGUGUUUUGAGAGGUGGACUGGACCGCACAACAUACCACGUGACUCGAAAGGCGUGCUGGGAAGGUACAGUACUACACAAGGAACACGGAGUGUUUUGAGAGGUGGACUUGACCGCACAACACACCACGUAAAUCUGACUACAGGCUCGAAAGGCGUGCUGGGAAGGUACUACACAAGGAACACGGAGUGUUUUGAGAGGUGGACUGGACCGCACAACACACCACGUAAAUCUGACUACAGGCUCGAAAGGCGUGCUGGGAAGGCCCUACACAAGGAACACGGAGUCAACGUAUUUUGACUCCGUGGACUGGACCGCACAACAUACCACGUGACUCUUUCUACAGGCUCGAAAGGCGUGCGGGGAGGGACUACACUAGAAACACGGAGUGUUUUGAGAGGUGGACUGGACCGCACAACAAGUGCAUCAUCUCGUGACGCUGCACACAACCCUGAGAGGUGCCUUGUGGGGCUGUGUGCAAAGAUUAUGGAGUUUAUGUUGUAUAUGAACCAGCAAGCGAAUCAACUGAACAUCAGUAUUUAGGAAAUUUUAGUAAAACGCACUUUUUUAGGAAAAGAUCAUUUUAGGAAUGAAUAUAUUUCAGAAAUGGAAUAAAAAAACCCUUCUUCCUGUGAUAUGGGUUUAACGUAGCAACUAUUAGAGUUACAAAAAGCUGUCUUGCGGCGAUAAAUCUUUGUCGGCCUGAGUUCCGAGGAUGAUAUAAUAGCUAGCAAAAGCAAAAGGCUGCCGCUGCCUCAGGCUAGGGUUUUGCAAUGCCGGUACCGUCGCAAUACAAUCGCGGGAGUGACGGAAGUUUGUGUCACGCGCGCGUUAAACAGGUUCAAACCUCCCCCCGUGCAUGCGUGUGGUCGUGUGUGAGGCCUCGCUUGAUUCUGUCGCAAGUUUAACAAAGACCUUGACCGAGAGAAGUGAAUUGUUUUCCCCGAAAGCCUUUCGUAUCAAAUGUUCCAGCACUGUGAUCGAAGAUAAAGCUAUUCAAUAGGGACUGCCUUCAUUGUGUGCAGUUUUGUAGAUUGUGUUAGGAUAUAGACCGCAAAAUUGCGAUAUUCUUAUUAAUUAAGUUAUACACAAUAAAAUAUGUUUUAGAAUUUAAUAUAAAGCGAAUAUUUGUAAAAACAAAAAUAUAUUUUUUGAUUAUUAAAAAUUGUCGAAACUGUA